AUGGACCGGAAGAAUGAGACUUAUAACACUGCUUCUGGUGACGGUCAAGCCAACAGAGUGAGAAUGUCAACUUCAUUUCACAGUGGAACUCGCCUCAAUCUGCCUUUCUACGGACAUAGUACUGACUCCAUCAUUGUGUACGUCCUUACACUCGUCCUGUUUUUCUUCCUUGCAUGGUGGAACAGAUAUCUGGUGGCCGUCAAAGAUAAACUUGAGCACAAGAUCAUCGCGGCGCGUGCCCUUGAGUCCAUCGGACGACUUCCUCUCCACCGACGCAGAGCUCAUUUCAAGGCUCGCUUUAGUCCAGUUCCACGAUUCGUGAGGAUCAACGGGGAGAAUCAUCCUCGGGCAGACGAGGGACCAAUCGAGAUGCUCGCAAACCGCGGCGAAGGGCUUCAUGACGACGAAGUUAGAACUGAUACUCUGUCCUCAGUUGAGUCGACCGCACAGAAUCCGUCUCGUACUAUAUCUGGAUGCGAGCAUUGGUAG